AUGGGGGACCGCAAGGAGCAGAAGGAGGUGCCCCGGGGCCACACCCAGUACCCAGUGUGUGGGGGAGACCCCCAGACCAGCCCCCAGCUGAAUGCGGCCUCAUCGGGACGUGCAGACCCGCAGCUGCCCGCACCGGGGCCUCCGGGACCCUCGCCGCCCACGGUCGCGCGGACGGACCCUCCCGGCCCCCCUGCAAAGCGGCUCCUGUGCCGCCCGCGGCCCCCACGUCUGUGGGUGAGCAGCCGGCUUUCACCGGACGCCGACGGUCCCAGCUCCGGGGUCGGACGCGAGCCUCGGUGCGGCCGUCCGAGCGGGAGGGUCCGGAGCGCCCGCGGCCCGAGGGGUGCGCUCGGCUACCGCGUCGCUCGGUCCCGGGGAGCAGCUGCGGGUCCCGGGGGCGCGUCCCGGCGGCCGAGGGCGGCGGCCCCGCGCUCUCCCCGACCGCGAACCCGCGGAGGCAGCGCCCGCUCCCGGGGGCCGGCCCGCACGGCACCACGAGCAGAGGCCGCCCCGGGCAUGUCCGACGCCAGCGCGCCGGGAGAGGAGCGGAGACCCCAGGUCCCCACAGAGGGGACCGGAACGAGACCCGCCUACGCCCCCUCCCGCGGUCACGGCCCCGGCCCCGACGCCUCGGGAUGCGACCUGGAGCCCGACCGCACCCGAGGACGUGGCCCCGGACCUCGCCUUCCCCAGGGUGCGACCCCCGACUGUGACCCGGACUGGCCUCCCCGGUGA